AUGGCAGAGAACGCUACAGAAUCCCAUGAUGCGGCCCCGGCUGUUCUUUCGGCCGUGCUCGCGGACAUUGGCACUUCCUCCGGCAUGAGCACACCUGGCGGUCCGACUACGGGUACCGUGACCCCUGCUCUCUCCGAACUGCCCCCCGACCAGGCCGAGUACAGCCUUAGGGUGUCUCUGGCCGACUUGUGCGCCAAGGCGGCCGUUCUGUACUCGCAGCAGAAGAAGUACGAAGAGGCCGCCGAGGUCUACGCGCGCGCCGCCGAGAUCCAGGCCGAGAUGAACGGCGAGAUGGACCCAGAAAACGCAGAGAUUCUCUUCCUCUACGGCCGCACCCUCUUCAAGGUCGGCCAGGGAAAGAGCGACGUACUGGGCGGCAAGGCACCCGAGGGAAACGCUGCUUCCAGGGUCGACGGCGGCGAGAAGACCGCUGGCAAGGCUGGAGCCGGACCUGGCCUGAUUGCCUCUGCUAUUGCAGCCGGUAGCAGCAGCGAGGCCGGGGGCAGCGCAAGCACGUCCAAGACGGAGGGAGCAGCUCUCGAUGCGAAGAAGCCGCUGUUCCAGUUUGCCGGCGACGAGGAAUGGGAAAUUUCGGACGAAGAGGACGCGGCCGACGUAGAGGAUGAAGAGAACGUCGAAGAAGAGGAGGACGAUCUCGCCGUGGCUUUUGAGAUCCUCGAUCUCUCCCGCGUGCUUUUCGAGAAGCAGCUCGCACAGAAGGAAAAGGAACCGACCGAGUCUGCCGGCGCUGACGAUACCACGGCAGCGGAAACUGCCCGGGGGAAGGCUGUCACAAAAGACAAUGCAGAGAAACACGAGCCAGAGGAUGAGGCGGGUGCAGAGACCAAAAAACUUUGUCCUUCAACUCGCCACAUCAUGGAGCGCCUGGCUGACACCCACGAUCUUUUGGCUGAGAUCUCUCUGGAGAACGAAAGAUACCCAAAUGCUAUUGUGGAUUCCCGAGCCUCUCUGGCCUACAAGCAGAAGACCCUCCCGGAAGAAUCUGAGAUCAUUGCCGAAGCACACUUUAAGCUUUCACUCGCACUAGAGUUUGCCUCUGUCACCACGUCCACGGAAGCAGACGGCGCGGAGGAGGCUGCUGGAUCUGCCGACAAGAAGGGGCAGCAGGUCGACCAGGAGCUGCGCGACGAGGCCGCGCGGGAGCUGGAAGCGGCUAUUGUCAGCACCAAGCUCAAGCUGCAGAACAAGGAGGUUGAGCUGGCCACCGUGCACUCGCCCGAAGACAACGAGUCAACACGCCGGCAGAUCACCGAGGUCAAGGAGAUUAUUGCCGACAUGGAGCAGCGGCUUGUCGAUCUGCGGAAGCCGCCCAUCGACAUCAACGAGGCCGUCAACGGUGCCGCUGGUGCCGCAGUCGGUGGUCUUCUGGGUGCUCUCGGCGGUGCCGCUGUCGAAGAGGCCAAGAAGGGGGGCAAAGGCCUGACAGGCCUUGUGCGGAAAAAGGCCAAGGACACAGCUCCCGCAGCGACAACGAACGGCAACGGGACCAAGCGCAAGGCCGACACACCCUCUCCUGAUGAGGAAGAGUCAAAGAAGGCCCGUACUGCAGACGAGUGUAUUUACUUCUAUGUCAACGUAAUUAACAAUCCCGAGAGGGCCUCACAGGGCACCCAUACUGUUUCGACGUACCCUGAAUGCCAAUCUGUUGAGAGGAAGAGCUGCAAUCCCGUUUGGAUGUCGAAACGCCAGUCUGGCCAAGGUUGUGUCAAGCUGACGCUUUGGAUCAUUAUGAUGCUAGGCGUCUCUCGUCACGGCCCGAUUCUAACGAGAGUCCACCGGCAGCCGAUGGUCAUUCUCGGAGCAGAGCCCAGCUGGCGUGACAGCUUCGAGAAUCUCUGUGCAAACGGCCAUUCGGAGAGGGCAGAGGCCCCAGACCCGGAACGUAAGGGUGUGUAG